UAAUAUUAAUAUUAAUAUCAUCAUUAUUAUUAUUAUCAUUAUUAUUAUCAUCAUCAUUAUUAUUAUUAUUAUUAUUAUUGUUGUUGUCGUUGUUAUCAAUACUUUGUUCGUGGAAGGGCGCGAAGCAAGCGGAUUAGAGGGGGAAAAAAAAAAGAAAUAAGAAAAGAAAGGAAAAAAAAAAAAAGAAAGUUAUCUCUUGGAUCGAUAUAAAUGUUCACGAGACACAUAGAGAUCAGCGAUCAAUAUCAUCAGCUGUUCGAUUCGACUUUGAGAGAAUCGUCGGAAUGAAUGUGUGUGACGGAGGAGACGCACGUGCUCGUCGUGGCUUUCGCGUUCUCCAAUGAGAUCUCUCUCUCUCUCUCUCUUUCUCUCUCAUGGUAGUCAUUUGUUUCUUUAUUUUGUUUCUUUUAUUCUCUCCUCUACCUCUCUGACAAAUCGAUUCAAUUAAACUACUCUAACCUCUUUUUCUAUCUUACUCUUUUACCUCGUGCCAGACGAGAGCCAAUCAUUUCGAUUUGUUAGGAUCGUUUUCGUAACAAUCAUUAUCAUAAUCGUUCUCCUCCUUCUUCUUCUCCUUAUUCCUCCUCCUCUUCCUCUUUCUCUUUUUUUCAUUCUCCUCCUUCUCCUUCUAUUUCUUCUUCGUUUACACUUCGACCUUGAUUGAUAUAGAUCGAAAUGAAAUUUUCGAGUCGAUACAUUUUUAGUACAGUCGAAUUUAAUUUCUUUCUCAUUUUAUCUUUUUAUUUCACGUUCCAAUGGAAUAUCAUCGAGUUCCAAUAAAUACAGAAUCAAAUCCAUGUAUCUUUGGUUUCGGCUUUAAGUUACUUCGAAAGAAUCCUACUACGAGUCACUGAUUCCGUUCAGAGGGAUCACUGAGAUCGAAGACGAUCGUUCAGUCAAUCGACGGAGAAAUACGAAUGAAAGAUAAAAAGAGAGAGAAGAAGAGAGAGAGAGAGAGAAAGAGAGGGAGAGAGAGAGAAUUUUUCUAUACGGUCCAGAACGGAAGCUGGGAUUCGAGCAAUGCUUAUUGAUACUCUAGAGGCUCUUCCCUUUCCGCGUAUCUUCUUUCAUCGUGAAAGCAAACCGAGGGACAGGAACGAUAAACCAACAUUACGGUCUGUCUCUUCCGUCUUUGUCGUUCUUGUCGACGCAAUAGAACGACGUUUAUCAUUCUCUCUCUCUCUCUCUCUCUCUCUUCCUUCCUCUUUCUUUUCCUCUUUAUUUUUUUUCUUUUUUUUCUUUUUUUUUUUUUUACCAUUAAUGACAGCUUCGUGUCCAUCAACGCAACGUUGUAUGUAUAAUAAGAUAACUCUCACAUAUAUAAUAAGAUACUCGUCGUACUUAAUUCGUCGUACACACGUAGAGAAUACGUUACUCUCGAUUAUUCACGAGAAUUUAUGGGGAUAAUCGUGAGAAAGGAGGAAGAGAAUUAGAGAGAGAGAGAGAGAGAGAGAGAGAGAGAGAGAGAGAGAGAGAGAGAGAAUGAGAUGAAAGGACAAUUAAUAUUCAAAGUAGAAAGUAGAAUAUUCGUUGCAUUUUUCUUUUCUUACGGAAAAAAUUGAUCAAACGGUAAGAAAUAGAGUGAGAGAGAGAGAGAGAGAGAGAGAGAGAGAGAGAGAGAGGGAGAGGGAGAGGGAGAAUGGAGAAUAGAGUUCUCACUCUAUUUCUGUAUUUUGUCCUCAGACAUUUUCAAAGCAUUUGUCGGCGGUUCUACACUAACCUCCGGCUCCGUUAGCAAAGUGCAGUCUUACGCAGCGCGUAAACGCUAAAAUAGAAUGGAAAAUGCUCGUCGAACGAUAUUACGAGACUCCUACUACUAUUCGCAUGUUCUUUCUCUCUCUCUCUCUCUCUCUCUCUCUCCUUCUCUCUCAUUUUCUCUUUCUUUUUCUCUCUCAUACUACCUUUCUUCUUCUCCGUCAUCCUUUUAUUAUUGCCAGUCGAUCGUCAUUCCGGUGAACUGUCUUGAAAAUCGAGAGGCCGACUCUUUGAUGUCCUCUCUAUUCGUUGUUAAUUGGUCUCUUUCGAAGUAAUCAUAGAUUGAUUCGCAAUUCGGUGAACCUUCAAAAAGCUUUUACUUGCGCUCUGUUGAAACCUAACAAGAGAAUUUGAUCGUUUUGAAGAGGAGGAGAAAGAGGAAGAGAAAGAGGUGGAAGAGGAGGUGGAAGUGGAAGAGGAGGAGGAGGAGGAGGAGGAGGAGGAGGAGGAGGAGGAGGAGGAGAAAGAGAGACUCCAAACGUUUUGAUUCUCAACGAAUCGAUCAUAUGUUAUAUAUCUUUCUAUUUGUCUGUCGAUUAGAUUUUUCAAGCAACUUAGAAACCGUUCUUUUUCGAUUUCCCAUCGGAACUUAGUGUCGAAGAAAAAGAAAAAAGAAGAAGAAGAAGAAGAAGAAGAAGAAGAAGAAGAAGAAGAAGCAAAGAAAGAUAAAAAAGAAGAAGAAGAAUAUCAUUGAUUAAAUCGAAAGGGAAAAUUUCAAAGGGUGCAAGAAAUUGAAUAUAUAUUUCCGUCUGUUGAUCGAACGUUUACGGUUGGUUUGUUUUUAAGCAAGAGUCACGUCUCGUUUCGUGUUUUGUUUCUUUUUCUUUUCCUUUUUCUUUUUUGUUUUCUUUUUUUUUUUCUUUCUUUCUUUUUUUUUUCCUUCUUCUUCUAUCUCUUCCAUUCGCGACUCCGUGAUAAUAGUGAGUACAUUGAUCUCUCGAGGAUGAACGAUGCGAACGGAACUGUGCGUUGGCAGGGAAAGAUCGGACGCAAAAUGUCAUGUUUGGAUACUUAAACUGACGUGAAAGGAUCCUCCGGAUUUGGAUUAGAAAACAGUGUUGAUAGAAAUUGUAAGGAGAAUGAUUGGACAGGUGUUGGUAUCGGCUAAGGAUCCCGCGAAAUACAAAAAAGGAUCCUAUGCUGAUGAUCAAAGAAAUUUUCGUGUAAUCGUAUAAAUAUAACAUAAUAAUUAAGUGUUUAUAUAAUUAUUUAAACAAAUCUAAUCGAUUCGUCUAAUCGAUAAUAACUUAGAUCGAAGACCGAUAAAAGACAUUGAAGAUAAAUCCGUGAUAGAAAAGAAAAAAAAAAAAAAGAUACUCCAAACGAUUAAUAUUCUAAAAAUGUAGUGUGAAACGAUUGUCAAGGUCGACGAAUCUCGGAUUAGUUCUUAAUCGAACUUUACCGAAUCGUCGACGACGAAAUUCAAAAGUUCAAGAUGCUGGACAUAUUUCGUGGUUUAAAGAGCCUAAUCAAGAUCUCACAUAUACACAUUGAUACAGCCGUAUUUCGCCUACAUUAUAGCUUAACAGUGAUAAUACUGAUAUCGUUUAGCUUGAUAGUCACAACGAGGCAAUACGUUGGCAAUCCGAUUGAUUGUAUACACAGUAAAGACUUACCAGAGGAUGUGUUGAAUACUUACUGUUGGAUACACAGUACUUACACGAUCACUGCAGCGUACAGGAAAAGAGAAGGCUCGGAAGUACCUUUUCCAGGUGUCGAUAAUUCAAAAUUGUAUCCGGAAUCUGAGAGGAAGGAGUACAGGUAUUAUCAGUGGGUCUGCUUCAUGCUGUUCCUUCAGGCGAUUCUCUUUUACACUCCGCGAUGGCUGUGGAAGGGCUGGGAGGGCGGGAAGAUUCACGCUCUCAUGAUGGAUCUCGACAUAGGUUUGUGCUCGGAGGUAGAAAAGAAACAAAAAAAGAAGAUGCUGCUUGACUACUUAUGGGAGAAUCUACGUUAUCACAAUUGGUGGGCAUACAGGUACUACCUCUGCGAAGUUCUCGCUCUCCUGAACGUGAUCGGUCAGAUGUUCUUGAUGAACCGUUUCUUCGACGGAGCCUUCCUGACUUUUGGGAUCGACGUACUUAGGUUCCUCGAGUCCGAUCAAGAGGACCGGGUCGAUCCAAUGAUCUACGUCUUUCCACGAAUGACCAAGUGCACCUUCUACAAAUAUGGCGUGAGCGGUGAGGUCGAGAGGCACGAUGCAGUUUGUAUAUUGCCAUUGAACGUUGUCAACGAGAAGAUCUACGUCUUCCUCUGGUUCUGGUUCCUUCUUCUCGGGAUAUUAAGCUUCAUAACGGUAUUAUACAGGAUCGUAAUCAUAUUUUCACCACGAACGAGGGUAUAUCUACUGAGACUGAGAUUUCGUCUGGUUAGAAGAGAGGCCGUUGAGACGAUAGUACGACGUAGCAAGGUCGGCGAUUGGUUUCUCCUUUAUAUGCUAGGCGAAAACUUGGACACCGUAAUAUACAGAGACGUGAUGCACGAAUUGGCGAAUAAGCUUGCCUCGAGGCAUCAUCACGGCGUACCAGGAGCAAAGGGAGAACUACAAGAAGCCUGAUCGAGGCUGCCUCGGAGGAUCGGAGGAUUCCAGCUGCGCCGAGGCUCCUGCGUAUCUUCUUGUCCUUUGGAAAGGACGUUCCGUCGUCGUAGUCGUUGUCGUCGCCGUCCUCGUCGUCGUCCUCGUCGUCCUCUUCGUCGGUUCAGGCAAAGGAAGCUUGCACAUUAUCGAUGUAUCCGUGAGAACAAGGAAGUGAAGGAAGAAGAAGAAGAAGAAGAAGAAGAAGAAGAAGGAAUUGAAGCAAAGAGGAAUCAAGAGGGCUCGCUCGGAAACAAAUAUAUUAUUUCCUCCCGUU